AAAAUGUCAGAUUUGCCGAAAGGGAUGAUUCAAACAGUGUGCGGUCCCAUAGCACCCGACCAGCUAGGCUCAACCCUAUGUCACGAGCACCUGUAUCACGAGGCAACUCCCAGGCCGUUCAACCCGAGGCCAUCAAACUCCCCGCAUAGCAUACUAAACAACCAGCCGGUCAAACCUGACCUAUUAUGGUGGACAGCCUAUCAUCCCUACUCACACCGGGAUAACCUAAAUUUCCGUGACCGACCAGUGCUCGACACUAUUACCGAGGAAUUGAAAUUUCUAAAACAAAAUGGCGGCAAUUCAGUGGUCGAAGUAACAACUUUUGGUAAAAAUUUACAGGAAUUCAGACGUAUGUCCCACGAGUCGGGUGUAAAUAUUAUAGCCGGUGCCGGCUAUUAUGUAGAGUCGGCAAUGCCUGACCACAUCCGUGGCCUAAGUACUGAACAAUUAUAUGAUGAGAUACGCCGGGAUCUGUUAGCGGGCGAUAUCCGAUGCGGUGUUGUCGGCGAAUGUGCCAGCGAUUGGCCGAUCAGGCCGUUCGAGCGCCGGGUGCUCGAGGCUACCGCCCGUAUACAGUCGGAGCUCGGGGUGCCGGUUAUAUUGCAUCCGGGUAGGCAUGCGGAUGCACCCGACGAAAUUAUGCGGGUGUUUAUGGAGGCUGGAGGACUGGCCAGGAAGACAGUUAUGUCACAUUUGGAUCGUACACUAAAUGAUGAACAGCUCCUGGAGUUUGCUAACAUUGGAUGCUAUUUGGAGUUUGAUUUGUUUGGCAACGAGUGCUCCUAUUAUGAGUUGUCCGAUACGUUUGAUAUGCCUAAUGAUACGCAACGUAUCCGUCAAUUGAAACUAUUGAUCGAUGAAGGACUGGGUCAGAGGAUAACCAUUUCACACGAUAUACAUACCAGACAUAGACUUAUGAAAUACGGAGGACACGGCUAUUCGCACAUCCAUAUGAAUACCGUUCCCCGGAUGAGACUACGGGGCUAUACUGAACAACAUAUACAGGAUAUUCUCGUUAAUAAUCCCAGAGAUUGGCUAACAUUAUAG